AUGUCCACGAUAUCCACACUCGAAAGGAGCUUGUCCGUUACUCCGUCCACUUCACCCUCAAUGUCACCACCAUCUCUUCGUGAGCCUACUUCACCUGGCUCCGAAGAAUCUUUCACAAGCAUACAUGAGCGUAUGAAUCAAUUGGAUUCUCGCGUUUAUGAGCUCCGAUCUACCGUUAUUACGAAGGAUGGGUAUAUUGAUCGACGAAACCGGGAGGACGACCAUAUUCGCCGCGAAUUCCAAAACCACCGCACCAUAUAUAGUAGAAUUGACAACAAUGUCGUGGCCCUACGAUCUGACAUUGAGGAAAUGAAGACAGGCAUCUUCCAACUCAGAUUAAAGCUGGAUCAAUCCGGGACCGAAACGGGGUUUCUUCGAAGUGAUGUCGAUCGAUUACAGAAGACUGUGGACCAGCUACAGGCUGAUACCGACCAGAUGAGAUCAGAUGUCUGUACAUCGUCCAUCAGCAUCGCCAAAUUACAAACUACUACCAACAACCUCCGCACGGAUUUCGCCAAGAUGUCUAACCAGUUGAAUGGGGUAUCAGGACGUAUAGCCACAACUGAGAUGCGUAUUGCUACCAUUGAAUCGCGAUUGGCUCAUUCAGAACGCAUCCGCUUCAACUCUCUCGCCCAAACAAGUCAUGCCAACAUUAACACCGUCCCUCAUAUCCAUGCCGACGGUUCCCUGGAAUGGCCUAUUUACUUUCCGCGUACUGUGUGGAGGUUCUGGUGCUUAAAGAAGCGCAGUCGAGUCCAUCGUUUGAUUGAACUUGCAGAGUUUUAUGAACUGGACCAUCAAAGCUGGGCUCGAAUGCAAAACCACGACAUGUUUGCCGAUGAUAGUGAUUCAAGUUCCAGCGAUGAGUCGACUGACCUCUCUCUCGCUGAAGCUGUCCGCUGUUAUCCAGAGGCUGCUCACCGAGCACUGGCUGCCGUGUUAGGCCUGGCCUACCACAAAAUUCAAAAACAAGUCGGAGAUGAUUUCAUCCAUCGACCACAAAAACGUCAUCAAGAUGAGGUUUCUGUCAAGACCAAGCCGGCUAAACUUGCCCGUCCAGACCCGCGCUCAGAACCCACCGCCGUCCGUCAUCCUAGUCCUACCGAAUCUUAUGUUCAGCGUCUGGUUCACGGAGUCGUCAAUCCAAUAACCUCGAAAUCAAUGUCUUCUGAGGAACCAGUCGACCAGCUGGGUUGGAAUCCCUUCCCUGAUGUUUCCGAUUCGGGCAUGAACAAGCUACGCUCAAUGGAUCCACAGGAUAUCAACAGUAUUCUGCGUGGUAUUGAGCGGGGUGUUUACAAAGCGAAAUCAAGUGCCUCUGAAAAGGCAGCUCGUACCAUCAACCAGCCCAAGGCUACCCAGCCUAGAGCUACCAUACCAGUCGCCAAGAGUGAAGUGCCUACCCAACCGAACACCAACCUUACUUCCCCGAAAUCUUCCCGGGCUUCUGUUUCUGAUACCGCACCUGCUUCAGACUCUGAUAGCGAAGCAUCAUGA